CCUUUGUGUUUAAUAUCUUCUCUCUCCUCCACAAUCUCUUUCUUGGCUUUGUGCAUGACCUUGUUUACACACCACUUCCAUGGCCAAAGCUAAAGCACCAAGACGCACUCUGGACUCGUAUACUGUUAAACCCAUCAACAAAAUCGUCAAACCCGGAGAUUGCGUGUUGUUGCGACCAUCGGAUCCGUCGACGCCCUCGUACGUGGCAAAGAUUGAGCGGAUUGAAUCCGACGGUAGAGGAGCCAACGCGAGGGUACAUGUACGGUGGUAUUACCGCCCGGAGGAAUCAAUUGGUGGCCGCCGGCAGUUUCAUGGCUCAAAGGAGGUUUUUCUCUCCGAUCACUAUGAUAUCCAGAGUGCAGACACGAUUGAAGGGAAGUGUACGGUUCAUAGUUUCAAGAGUUAUACCAAGCUUGAUGCUGUUGGAAAUGAUGAUUUCUUUUGUCGUUUCGAGUAUACUUCGUCUACCGGUGCUUUUAUUCCUGAUAGAGUUGCCGUGUAUUGUAAAUGUGAGAUGCCUUACAAUCCUGAUGACUUGAUGGUUCAAUGUGAAAUCUGUAGUGAUUGGUUUCAUCCUGCUUGUAUAGAAAUGUCUGCAGAGGAAGCUAAAAGACUUGAUCACUUCUUCUGUGAGAAUUGUUCAUCUGAAAGCCAGAAGAAGUUGCAGAAUCCGCAUAAUACCAGACAAUCAGAUGCAAAGGUGGAAACGAAGAGACGCCGAAGGUGAUAAAAGUAAAUAAAAUACAGAUGCUGAUGUAUAAUGAUAGCAGAGGAACCGGAGGUCUCUUUUUAACCAUGGUUAGGUUUCAAGCAAACACGGAGGCAAAGAUAUCUGCAUCACAAGCUGUUGUAUUUGUGAGUUAAUGGCAGAGGGAAACUGGUUUGAAAAUCUGUCAUGUUUAUAUGGUUUGAGGAUUGGCCACCCUGUCGAGGAUGUGUUUGGUUGUUUUUAGUUUUAUGUAAUCAUGUACAUGUUUCUCACUCUGGUUUCUUGUUUGUAAACUAGGGCUGUGUAUAAUCCAAACUAUUUUAACUUGUUGGAAAAACAAUUAGAUACACAGUUGGGGGCAAAAAUAGUGAAAGGUAUUUGCAUAGAUGAUU